UGCUACAAAAGAAAUAUGAACGAAGUACAAGAAUUUUUAGAAAAAGCACAUUUAGGCGAGUACUGGCCCGCAUUUGAGAGAGAUGCAAUAACUACCAUAGAUAGGUUAUGUUUAAUAUCAGCUAAAAAGGCAGAGGAAUUAUUGCCUAAGUGGGGUGAUCAAGCUGAAUUUUUUAACAGAAGAAAUGCUUUACAAGCCAGUACUUCUAAGAAUUUAGUUUUUGAUGUAGAGGUUGAUGAAUUUGGAAACUGUAGCAUGCCAUUUGUAGAUGUUAACACAGAUAAUUGUCUUGAUAUUGUGAACACUCCUUUACGCCACUUAGAUAAUAUAAUAUAA